ACUAAUCAUUUCACUCAGGUGUGCUAAUUUCCAUCAUGAAACAACUAUUUAAACCGCGAGAUUAUCGUUGAAUGUCAUCUGGACUUCUUAAGAGUGUUUCAAAACAAACGACAAGAAAAUGAGGGAGUGCAUUUCUGUCCAUAUUGGCCAAGCUGGAGUCCAGAUGGGCAAUGGCUGCUGGGAGCUGUACUGCCUGGAACAUGGCAUCCUGCCUGAUGGAACUAUUUCUGAUCCAAAUAGUCCUGCCAUAGUGGACUCCUCCUUUGGGACCUUCUUCAGUGAGACUGGAUCAGGAAAGCAUGUACCCAGAGCUGUGUUUGUAGACCUGGAGCCCACAGUCAUAGAUGAGGUCAGGAAUGGAGCGUAUCGUCAGCUCUACCACCCAGAACAGAUGAUCACUGGGAAGGAGGAUGCAGCCAACAACUAUGCACGUGGCCACUACACUAUUGGGAAGGAGACCAUUGAUCCUGUAAUGGACAGAAUUCGGAAACUGGCUGACCAAUGCACUGGCCUUCAGGGAUUCUUGGUUUUCCAUAGCUUUGGAGGUGGUACUGGGUCUGGAUUCACAUCCCUCUUGAUGGAACGCCUCUCUGUGGAUUACGGGAAGAAGUCCAAGCUUGAGUUUGCAGUCUACCCUGCUCCACGUGUUUCCACUGCGGUGGUGGAACCCUACAACUCAAUUCUGACAACCCACACCACAUUGGAGCAUUCGGACUGUGCCUUCAUGGUAGACAACGAGGCCAUAUUUGAUAUCUGCAACCGCAACCUGGAUGUCGAGCGUCCGUCCUACACCAAUCUAAACCGCCUAAUUGCUCAGAUUGUGUCAUCGACUACUGCCUCUCUACGGUUUGAUGGGGCCAUGAAUGUUGACCUAACAGAAUUCCAGACUAACCUGGUUCCCUAUCCCAGAAUCCAUUUCCCUUUAGUUACCUAUGCUCCCAUCAUAUCUGCAGAGAAAGCCUAUCAUGAGCAACUGUCUGUGCCAGAGAUCACAAAUGCCUGCUUUGAGCCCUCCAACCAGAUGGUAAAGUGUGAUCCGAGGCGUGGGAAGUACAUGGCCUGCUGUCUGCUGUAUCGUGGGGAUGUGGUACCAAAGGAUGUGAAUGCAGCCAUUGCUAAUAUUAAAACUCGGCGCUCAAUCCAGUUUGUCGACUGGUGCCCCACUGGCUUUAAGGUGGGCAUCAAUUACCAGCCACCCACUGUGGUUCCCGGAGGAGACCUAGCGAAGGUCCAGCGGGCCGUGUGCAUGCUGAGCAACACCACGGCUAUUGCAGAGGCCUGGAGCCGCUUGGACCACAAGUUUGACCUGAUGUAUGCGAAGAGGGCCUUUGUUCACUGGUAUGUGGGGGAAGGUAUGGAGGAAGGGGAGUUUUCAGAGGCCAGGGAAGAUAUGGCUGCCUUGGAAAAGGAUUAUGAAGAAGUGGGAGCUGACUCUGCAGAUGGGUUGGAUGAAGAAGAUGAGGAUGAAUAUUAAUCUCUUGAGAGUCCAUUACGAUGUAAACAAAUAUUUAAGCAUCUAAUCUGAUUUAAAGCUCUACAUCACUUUUUUGUAUUCUUAAUAAAUGUGUGCAUUGUACAAGC